AAGUGGACGAGGAGGAAUAUAUGUGCGGAGAUGCUGCUCCUGGUGCCCAUUCUGUGGCUCCUGCUGCCUCUGAGCCGAGCGGCUCCCCCGCAGACCGAGAGGGAGGACACGGGGGUGGACUGGCUGAGCAAGUUUGGUUACCUCCCACCUCCAGACCCUGUAACUGGCCAGCUUCAGACCAAGGAGGCCUUAACCAAGGCCAUCAAAGCCAUGCAAAGGUUCGGCGGACUCAAGGAGACUGGAGUUUUCGAUCAAGCAACAUUGGGGCUGAUGAAAACCCCCAGAUGUUCUCUGCCAGAUGUGCCUGUGUCUGAGGGGGCAGUGGGACGUAGGAAGCGCAGCCUGAACACGCUGAACAAGUGGACGAAGAGGCAUUUAUCUUGGAGAGUGAGGACAUUCCCAAAGGACUCGGCUUUACUGGGCAGAGACACCGUUCGUGCCCUCAUGUAUUACGCCUUGAAGGUCUGGAGUGACAUCGCACCACUUAACUUUCACGAGGUGGCAGGGAGCGACGCCGACAUUCAGAUCGACUUCACUAAGGCCGACCACAAUGAUGGAUAUCCCUUUGACGGGCCCGGAGGCACAGUGGCCCACGCUUUUUUCCCUGGGGAGAGGUUCACUGCCGGGGAUACACAUUUCGAUGAUGAUGAGGCUUGGACCUUCAGAUCACCAGACUCUCACGGAAUGGACCUGUUUGCAGUCGCUGUCCACGAGUUCGGCCACGCCAUCGGCCUGGUCCACACAUCUGCCAUGGAGUCGAUCAUGAGGCCGUACUAUCAGGGCCCUGUCGGAGAUCCUCUCAAGUACGACUUACCCUAUGAAGACAAGGUUCGCGUCUGGCAGCUCUAUGGUGUCAGAGAUUCUGUGUCCCACACCACCCAACCAGGCAACUCUGCCCAGACAGCAGAACCACCGGUCCUGCUAGACCUCCCGGAAAACAGAUCGUCUGUCUUGCUGGUGCGAGAUUCGCCAGACAGAUGCACCGGUCACUUUGAUGCCGUUGCCCAAAUACGAGGGGAGGCCUUCUUUUUCAAAGGGAAGUACUUCUGGCGACUGACACGAGAGAAGAACCUGGUGUCUCUGCGUCCGGCUCAAAUCCAUCGAUUCUGGAGAGGCCUUCCACACAGCGUGGACAGCGUGGACGCUGUCUAUGAAAGACCUGGGGAUCACAAAAUAGUCUUUUUUAAAGGUCUCAAGUACUGGGUAUUUAAAGACAAUAUCGUAGAGGAGGGUUACCCACGUCCAAUCAGCGACUUCGGCCUGCCUUUGGAGGGCGUGGACGCAGCCUUUGUGUGGCUCCACAAUGAAAAGACCUACUUCUUCAAGGACAACCGCUACUGGCGAUAUGAUGACCACCUGAGACGAAUGGAUCUGGGCUACCCCAAGGACAGCACGCUUUGGAAGGGGCUGCCCCCCCAUAUGGAUGAUGCCAUGAGGUGGUCCGAUGGUUCGUCAUACUUCUUCAAAGGGAAGGAGUAUUGGCGCGUACCGAGCAGUGACAUGGAGGUGGAGGCGGACUACCCACGCCUCAUCGCUAAGGACUGGCUGCUGUGCACCGACAUGCAGUCGGACUCGCCGGGCGCAGAGUCCAAGAGCACUGAGAAUCGUGUCAACGCGCACCCUCGUCCGGACCAUGCCGAAAACGGCUACGAGGUGUGCUCGUGCACUUCAGACAGCGCCUCGCCUUUAGGAGCACGGCCCUCCCCAUCUCCGUUGUGGCAGCUGGCGCCCCUUUGGACUCUCUCGCUGGCCCUCCACCCAAUGCCGCUAUGA